ACGAGAUAAAAAAAUAUAAGUAAUCUUAUACCGUUUACAUUAAUUUCUUCUCAAAAGUAAAAGAUAUGUAUUAUCUACAGACAUAAUAUAGAUCACGUGUUGCGCAGUCGCAGCACAUUGCUAAGGUGAACCGCAAGAGCGCGCAUUUCUUAGUGCAUGUGAACUGCGUACGCUGAUUGUGUUUGCUUCUUGAGCUGUAUUUCCUUCACGUGUAAGACCAGAUAGUUGCCAUAAAAUGACCCAAGAAGGCCAAAUUUUACCUCCACCGGUAAUAUGGGCCCAAAGAAAUAAUAUUCUUUUUGUAACAAUUUGCCUUGAAGACUGUAAAGAUCCUACUAUUAUAAUUGAAGCAGAUAAAAUAUACUUUAAGGGUAUAGGUGGAACUGAAAAAAAAAUGCAUGAAAUUACUGUAAACUUAUACAAAGAAAUUGAGCCAGAUAAAACAGUACAAAGUCCAAAAGGAAGGAAUUUUGAAAUGUUACUGUUUAAGAAAGAAAAUGGACCACCUUUUUGGCCAAGACUCACAAAAGAAAAUAAAAGGUUCCAUUGGUUAAAAAGUGAUUUUAAUAAAUGGUUAGAUGAAGAUGACAGUGAAGAUGAGAGUAAAAGCAAAGAUUUAAAAGAUUUGCUACAUCAAUUUGGUAAUGUGCGAGGUGAUGGUAAUCUUGAUGGUCUUGACAGUAAACCUAAUUUCGAUGAUUUAGAUAUAGACGAAGAAGAAAUAGACAGUGAUGAAGAAUAUUCAGAAAAUCAAAAGAAUUUAACAAAUAGAAUUAGUUACAAAUUGUGUAAAAAAAAUUAUGACAGUGAAGAUGAAGUAAUGGGAUUUAGUAAUGAAGAAUAUAAUGAUGAAAAUGAUAAAGAUAAAGAUUCCAUAAUAUCUGAUAUUGAAGAUUUUGAACAUUUUAAUUUGCCUAAUGAAAAAGCUUGGGGUAAAAAGAAAAAAUCUUAUUAUUUUACUGAUUAUAUUGAUGCUGAUUAUUUUUCUGUUAGUCAAAAAGAUAUUGCUGGUGCUGAAUUAGAAGAAAAGGAAGCUAGAAAUUUACAAAAGCAUUUAAUUGAAUAUCUUAAUGAAACUGAUUUCGGUAUUGACCAAAUAUCAGAAUAUAAUCAAAUUGAUGAAUGUACUCAACAGGUUAAAACAGACUUAAGUCAAUUAAGUAAAAGACAAAAAGAAGAACUUAUUAAAAAAGAAAGCCCAGAACUUAUUUUUCUGAUAACUGAUUUUCAUGAGCGAUUAUUAGAAUCAAAAAUAAUUUUAGAUCCACUUUUAAAAUUUUUAAAUAAUGUUAAUUAUGAAAAUUAUUUUACUAUUACUUUUACAAAAACGAAGUAUAAUUUAUUAUUACAUUAUUGUAUAAAUAUAUCAUUUUAUCUAAUGUUAAAAGCUAAAAAACAGAUUAUUUUUAUUCAUCCUGUAAUUAAAAGAUUAGCACAAUAUAGAAAAUUGAUAUCUCAAUUUGAAAAAAGUCAAGAAAAUAUUUUAGAUAAAAUCAAAAUAAAAUCUAAUAAAAAUAGUCAAUGUUUAUAUAACUUUCUGGAUCACAAUAAAAUAGCAAAUAAUAAAUUAAAUCAAACCUUUCCAAAAAAUUUAGACUGUAAAAAUACUAAAAACUUCAUAAUCGACGUAGGUAAGAGAGCAAUAACCUCCCAAAUAGGUAAAAAUAAAGGGCUUGUACCACAUAGGAAAAAGGAACAACGUAAUCCCAGAGUUAAACAUAGGAAUAAAUAUCGCCGAGCUAAAAUACAUAGAAAAGGAGCUAUACGUGAAAUCAGAAAAGAAAAUAAUAAAUAUAAAGGAGAAAUAUCAGGUAUUAAAGCUAGUGUUAAAAAAAGUAUAAAAAUAAAAUAGACACUUGAAUUUUACAAUUGAUUUAAAUAUA